AUGCGCCCAUCAUUAAUGUCGCUGCUACUUGCAGCUUCACAGGUAGUACCGAGCUUUGGUCUAUACUUUUAUAUUGACGGGGUAACACCAAAGUGUUUCUUUGAGGAGCUGCCGAAGGAUACGCUGGUUGUUGGCCAAUUUAGGGCGGAAGAAUACAACUCUAAUACUCACUCCUUCAAUGACAAUCCCCAGCUCGCCAUUCAGAUCACCGUCGAUGAAAUAUUCGAUAACGAUCACCGUGUGGUAAACCAAAAAGGCUCAUCUUCAGGACGUUUCACCUUCACCGCCGGCGACAGCGGCGAACACCGUCUCUGCUUUUGGGCAUCUCAUGCGGGAUCUUCAGGCUCCUGGUUUAGUAACAAUCCUGAAGGUGUCAAGCUCCAUCUCGACCUUGCAAUUGGAGAAACGAGUGAGAUCGAGAGCAAGGAUAAACAUAAGCUCGCAGAUAUUGUGCAGAGAGUCAAGGACCUCAAUGCAAGGUUGCAGGAUAUAAGGAGAGAGCAGGUAUUCCAAAGACUGGAGAACCACCAGGCUAACGGGAGUUUCGGGAGUAGGAGCGUGAAGCCGAAUUCAGAGAUCAGUCAGAGUCUACAAAUGCUCGUGUUGUCCGAUGGACCUUGA